CCCCUCUGCUAGCCUAAUUCGUCUUUGAUCCAGUUUACCACAGCGUUAAAACUAUUUGGGGCUUAAAAUCUAUAUAUAACAAAAUCAAUCGUCAGAGCAGUUUUUGCUAAAAAAGUGACUGGUGACGCGAACAUGAGCGACACCGAGAAAGAGUUCAGAGAUAAGGUGAGUUUCGUUUGACUUUUAACGGAAAACAUCGAGCGGGGAAAAAGACGCCAAGCUAACGUUAGCUUGUUAGCUCCAACGUUUGUCGCUUUGUUCAGCCGACGUGGUUAUGGCAACGUGUCUUCUGAACCGUGAACCAAAAAUGUGUUAUUGGAUAUGUUUUUAUGUAAUGUGUUAGCAGUUUCCCUUGAUUUUUAAGUUGUGUUUUUUAAUCAAUGAAAGCAUGCGGCCCAUUAUCAGCCGUCAUUUUAAGACUAGGCCGCGCCGCCAUGGCCAUGCUUUUAUUCAUCCGACACAUGUUGCCUACGGUUGUAAAACUAGCGUCUAAAUUGUAUUUUGUAAAUGUGCAUUUUAAUCAAUGCUGUGUUGAGUAUUGAAUUUAUCUGUGACAAAGGAGUAGUUUGGGCGACACUGAAUAAAAAUGAGGAAAUUAAAACCAUUAGGGGAAAAUGGCGGUCGUAGUGUUGCGUUCAAAUCGUGCGGAUUUUCCCCCAAUUGUGUUUAACGUAAUACUAGUUUUAUAUAUUUAUUUUUUAUCACAAUGAAUUUGAGACGUUGGCUCGUCACCAUAUGUAUUACUUUCAGUGUGCCUUUCAAUAUACUCCUUUGUGCACUCUCACUGUUAUCUGGUUAUGCUGGUAUUAUUUCUUUGUGCCUUUUGGUGUUUAAAUGCAACCAAACCAACCAACUUGCCUUAUCACCCCCUUGUUUGUUCUUUGUCAAGGUUGAGGUUGGAAGAAAGAAAAAAAGGCGGAAGACGUUUCUGAUGCGAAGUUAUUAAUGUUUGAAGCCAAUGCCGUUGAUGCAUGCUAAUGUAUUGGGAGCAGAAAAAAGGAAGUGCUCAAGAUCCUAUCCCUCGACUAGUGUUGUAAUGGCAGAUGGUAAAAUUGGGGAAGAGGAGCAAAAAAGACGUCGUAAUGUCAAAGAGAAGAAAGAAGAAAUGACGGGUUGUUUUGAAGUAAUGAAGUAAAAGAAGUUAUGAAGUUAUGAUCAGAGGUUUGGCCGGGAGCCACAGCCUGGCUCGGGGAGUUCCUCCCCUCAGCGAUCGGCAAAAUCUGCCAGCCGCUCGCCGGCACGCUCCAAGGAUGGUUCCCAGCAUUCCAGGUCCAGGUCUCGCUCACGCUCCAGAUCCAAAUCCAAAUCUAGGUCCCGUUCCCACCGGAGCUCACGUCGGAACUAUUCCCGCUCUCGUUCCCGCUCUCGCCGGCGCCGAUCCCGAAGCCGCUCUGGCAGCCGGCGAAGGAGCCACAGCCGCUCGCCCAUGUCCAACCGCCGCAGGCACAUUGGCAAUAGGGCCAACCCUGACCCAAACACAUGCCUGGGCGUGUUUGGCCUGAGCCUGUACACCACUGAGCGGGACCUGCGGGAAGUGUUCUCAAAGUAUGGCCCCCUGGCGGACGUCAACAUAGUGUACGACCAGCAGUCGCGGCGCUCCAGGGGCUUCGCUUUUGUCUACUUUGAGAACUACGAGGACUCCAAGGAGGCCAAGGAGCACGCUAACGGAAUGGAACUGGACGGCCGGCGAAUCCGCGUCGAUUUCUCCAUUACCAAACGAGCGCACACCCCCACUCCUGGCAUCUACAUGGGACGGCCCACAUACGGUGGAGGUGGCGGCGGCAGUGGAGGCAGCGGAGGGGGAGGAGGCGGCAGCGGCGGCUCAAGGCGCAUGUCAAGGGACUACGACCGAGGCUACGAUCGAGGUUAUGAUCGUGGUUACGAUCGGGACUACGAUCGCUAUGACGACCGAGAGUACCGAUCAUACAGACGAAGAUCUCCAUCGCCGUACUACAGCAGAGGGUACCGCUCUCGAUCCAGAUCACGAUCCUACUCCCCACGUCACUACUGAGCAGUGAAGUCGUCCAUGAUUUUUUCUAUUACUUUUGGAUGUUUUGACCAGACCACAGCAUGUACACAGAAAUGCACGGGGAUAGAAGUUUACCAUGCAAAUUUCAAGGGUAACGUGCACAACGUUCCUGAUGUUGAAAGUUGUUUUGUUUGCUGAAAUCUGGACACUCUUUGGUUUUAUUUGGAACACAGAACCAAAAAAGGUGACGUUUAAAAGAAUGGCUUUUUUGUUUUGUAGUAGAAACGUAUGUUUGGAGUGUGUGUGUGUUUUUGUUUUUUUUAAACCAAUACACAAAGUAAUUUUGUCCACUUUGUUUGCGCUAGGUUUGAAAGCAUCUGCUAAUGUUCAGUUCAUCUUCUCUGUCAUAAUACCUGUCCAUGUUAUUUUACGUAUGACAGCCAUUGUAGUCUUUUUUUUUUUCUCUUCAUUAUAAAGACUCAAUUCGUAGAGCAAGUUCUUAAUGAGGAUGUUAGACAUGGUAAGCUUUCAUUACGUUUUCUCAAUGUUCAGAAAUAGAAGUACCCACCGCAGUAUAUAAAUGGCUCGUGUCCCUUCUGCAGUUUGUCAUAUUACACGGUAUACAGGAGGUAGAAUUUGUAUGCGUCAUACGUUUGUCAUGUGGAUUUUCAAAUAAAAGCUGAAACCAUU